AGGGCGGGACAAUAUUGUAUCGGUGAUAUGUGAGCGACAUUCAGCUCAACCAAUCAGAAUGCAGCACCGGACGUUCAGUUAGUUUAGUUUUGUAUAUGAGACUCGCCGGACGGCCAAAGUAUAAAAGUUCGGUUUCUGGAGCUAGGCAGUUUAAAGUGUUGUAACGCUUACUGAAGUCCUGACUAAACCGUUACAGUGAAGUCUACCUUGUCGUGUGCUUUUAUUCCCACACAUUCAUCACCACACAGCAAGAAGAGACCCGUAACAGUGGUGCAAGGAUGUGUCCUGUGACAGUGACGUUCAGUGGCCUGGUGGCAGCCACGUUCACUCCACUUACUCCGGAGGGUGAGGUGAAUCUCUCUGUGAUUGGACUGUACGUCGACUAUCUGCUCGAGAAACAGGGCGUGCGGAGUGUGUUUGUAAACGGGACGACGGGUGAGGGCUGCUCUUUAACCCUGCAGGAGAGGAAGCAGCUGGCGGAAGAGUGGUGCCGACAGGGCAAGGGGAAACUGGAGCAGGUCAUCGUUCACGUCGGCUGCCUGAGCGUUAAAGACUCUCAGGAACUGGCGCGUCACGCCGCGUCGGUGGGAGCGGACGCCAUCGCCGUCAUCUCGCCGUCUUUCUUCAAACCCACGAAUGCAGAGGCGUUACGGACUUUUCUGCAGGAAGUGGCUUCAGCAGCUCCGGAGCUUCCUCUGUAUUACUAUCACAUACCCAGCAUGACCGGAGUGACCCUUGAAGCGAGGGAGGUUUUGGAGGGCAUCGAGAAGCAGGUUCCCUCCUUCAAAGGACUGAAGUUCAGUGGAGUGGAUCUGAGAGAUCUGGGUCAGUGUGUCAGCUACUGCUGCCCUCGCGGCUGGUCCGUCUUCUACGGGGUGGAUGAGCAACUGCUGGGAGCCCGGGUGCUUGGAGUCAACGGAGCCGUGGGAAGCACGUAUAACUACAUGGGUGAUGUGAUGAACAGGAUGCUGAGCGCAUUCGAUAGAGGAGAUUUCACUCUGGCUCAAAGCAUCCAGUUUAAGAUGCAGGACGUCGUCACGUUUGCUCGCAGUAUCGGUUUUGACCUCGCCCUGAACAAGCAGCUGAUGACCGAGAUGUCGGGGCUGUCGAUGGGUCCGCCGAGGCUGCCGCUGCUCCCCUGCCGUCCUGCCGACGCUCAGAAGGUCGUCGAGAAGUUCCAGCAGGUCCUGGAGCAGUAAAGCACAUUCCACCCUCUGCUAAAAAUAUAAAAACAAACAACGAGACGUUCUAAAUACGUGCAGGUAGUCGAGGUGAUACACAUUUCAUCUGUCAGUCAUGUGAGCUGGAAUCGGAGGCUCGAUCGGUCUACGACGAAGGGAACUUUUGAAGGGAAACAUCAGCCAGAACGCUAAUUAAACAAAAAAAUCUAAA